CACUCUUAUCUUGUAAGAGAUUCCCAUGCACUUGUCCAGAUACAAUUAGUACCCCACACUUCCUUCCAUCCAUUGAGCUUCCUACACACAGAACCAUCAAAGCACAGUACCUAGGUGACUAGAUUUAUAGACCCAUGACACCCUUUUGAGCUUCACAUAGAAUCACUAAUCAGCUAGUUUGUAGAGUUGAGCUUCUUAAUUCUUGCACUGAAAAAAUGGCCGAAAUUAAGGCCGAUAUUGCUUUAGACCACCGGCUGACAAUUGCUGAGGUAACCGAUAUCUCAGCCCAAAAGCCUGACCCGAAAAUUCGUGUAGCUUCGUUAGAUAUCUUCAGAGGCCUCACUGUUGCUUUAAUGAUCUUGGUUGAUGAUGCUGGAGGAGAAUGGCCUAAGAUUGGACAUGCACCGUGGAAUGGUUGUAACCUUGCCGACUUCGUAAUGCCUUUCUUUUUAUUCAUAGUAGGAAUGGCCAUUCCUCUUGCUUUUAAGAGAAUUACAAGCCGGCACCAUGCUGUCAAGAGGGUGAUUGUUAGAACUUUGAAACUGCUAUUCUGGGGUAUCAUGUUACAAGGGGGCUUCUCCCAUGCUCCUGACAAACUUACUUAUGGAGUUGACUUGAAGAAGAUAAGAUGGUGUGGGAUUCUUCAGAGAAUUGCUUUUGCUUACUUCGUAGUGGCACUGAUGGAAAUAUUUACAAAAAAAAAGCAAACCAGGGAGCUACCACCUGGAUGGCUCUCCAUUUACAAGCUAUAUAGCUCGCAAUGGCUGAUGGGAGCAUGUAUACUUGUUAUUUACCUGGCUGUAAUCUACGGGACUUACGUGCCUCACUGGCAGUUCACUGUCAAUGAUAGAGACAGUGCUGAUUAUGGGAAGGUUUUCACUGUAGAGUGUGCUGUCAGAGGAAAACUGGAUCCUCCUUGUAAUGCAGUUGGUUUCAUCGACAGAGAAAUUUUAGGAAUCAAUCACAUGUAUCAGCAUCCAGCUUGGAAGAGAUCUGAGGCCUGCACAGAGAAUUCCCCAUAUGAGGGGCCUUUCCGAACCAGUGCUCCGUCGUGGUGCAAAGCUCCUUUUGAACCUGAAGGAAUCCUAAGCUCAAUAUCUGCAGUUCUUUCUACCAUCAUUGGAGUUCAUUUUGGACAUGUGCUUGUAUAUAUGAGGGGUCAUGCAGCUAGACUGAAGCAUUGGAUUGUGAUGGGAUUUGCCCUUCUUAUUUUAGGGCUUGUUCUUCAUUUCACACAUGCGAUUCCCUUAAAUAAGCAACUAUACACUUUCAGCUAUGUUUGUGUAACAUCCGGAGCAGCAGCAUUGGUGUUUUCAUCCAUCUACGCCCUGGUUGAUAUUUGGGGCUGGAAGUGCAUCUUUCAGCCAUUAGCAUGGAUUGGCAUGAACGCGAUGCUUGUUUAUGUCAUGGCUGCUGAAGGCAUCUUUGCUGGUUUCAUCAAUGGGUGGUACUACAAUGAUCCUCACAAUACACUGAUAUACUGGAUUCAAAAGCAUAUUUUUAUAGGAGUUUGGCAUUCUCAAAGAGUUGGCAUUCUACUUUAUGUUAUCUUUGCAGAGAUCCUCUUCUGGGGCAUCGUUGCAGGCAUUUUCCAUCGCCUAGAAAUUUACUGGAAGCUUUAAUUACUAUUUAUCUGCUGUAUAUUCUGUGAUAGCCACAUAAAGUUCUGUAGAUUGUCCAUGAUUUACCAGCUUAAUGUGGUCAACAACUGAUCUUUGCGAUACAGCAAGAGGAACUUUGUUCAUUUCACAAGUUUCUGCAUGAUUUAUAGAACAGGAAAGGCCAAAGAUUGGCCUGUUGUACCCAAAAUGUCUGUAAUAUUAAUGAAAUGUCUGCUACCUAAAUGGUCAAGCAUUGUUGAAGCUUCAAA